AUGGCGGGAUCCUGCGAGAUCAGCAACAUCUUCUCUAACUACAUCAGCGCCAUGUACCAGCCGGAGGAGGCUCAGCCCCCCAUGGAACUGCUGGCCCACCUGGGGAAGGAGGACAACCUCGCGUUGCCUGCAGAGACCACAGCAGAGAAGCCGGCGUGGUUCGGUGAGCUCCCGUACUUCUGGAGCAAGGCACAGGUGCUGGAGUGGAUCGGCUACCACGUGGAGAAGAACAAGUACGACGCCAGCGCCAUCAACUUCUCCUGCUGCAACAUGGACGGCUACACGCUCUGCCACUGCACGCAGGAGCAGCUGCGGCUCAUUUUCGGGCCGCUUGGGGACGAGCUCUACACCCGCCUCCAUGAGAUCGUCUCAGUCUCGGAUGAGCUGACCUGGAUCAUUGACCUGCUAGAGAAAGAGGACAUGUCUUCCCAAGAGAUCUUCCAGGACUCCGAGCUGGGAAACUUGUGCACGAAGGAAUCCCUGGAGGAGAUGAAAUCCACAAACCCUUUCUACCAGGCAGACUUCAGCUACGUUUCCGGUGCCCUGUCUCCAGGCAGCUCUGACAUCUCUGUCUCAGGGACCGGGAUGUCCCACAGCCCCAACUCCCAAGACUCCGGUGGAAGUGACAUAGAUCCCGACCCGACAGAAGUGAAGUUGUUCUCCUCUGACGAUGGCUUUGCCGACUAUGACAAAGAGGACAUCAAGCAUGGGAAGCGGAAAAGAGGCAGGCCCCGGAAAUUCAGCAAGGAGAACAGAGACUGCCUGGAGACCAAGAAGAGCAAGCACUCCCCGAGAGGGACUCACCUGUGGGAGUUUAUCCGGGACAUCCUGCUCCACCCCGAGCUGAACGAGGGGCUGAUGAAGUGGGAGGACCGACGCGAGGGCGUCUUCAAGUUCCUCCGCUCCGAGGCGGUGGCUCAGCUCUGGGGGCAGAAGAAGAAGAACAGCAGCAUGACCUACGAGAAGCUGAGCCGGGCCAUGAGGUACUACUACAAGCGGGAAAUCCUGGAGCGGGUCGACGGGAGGCGGCUGGUUUACAAGUUUGGGAAGAACUCCAGCGGCUGGAAGGAGGAGGAAGUAUUGAACCGAAAGUAA